UACUCAAAAAUAGAAAAUAUUACUCCUAUUGUCAAAAGUUUGUCAGCUAGUUAACUUCCUUGUAUAUAAAUCCAUCAUCUUUUCUCUCUAAAUCAAUCCCAACAACAACCCAACAAAAUUUCUUUCAUUCCUUUGUGAAUUAUUGAGCCAUGGCAACAAUUCAAGAACCUAAAGUCAUCAUUGUUGGUGCUGGCCCUGCUGGUUUAGCCACAGCUGCAUGUCUUAAAAAAAAAUCUGUCCCUUACCUUGUUCUUGAAAAAGAUGAUUGUUAUGGUUCUAUGUGGAAAAAAUAUUCCUAUGAUAGACUUCACCUUCAUUUGGAUAAACAAUUCUGUCAACUUCCUCACAUUCCAUUUCCCUCUUCUUCUCCUACUUAUAUACCCAAAAAAGAGUUCAUUCAAUACUUGGAUGACUAUGUUUCCCAUUUUAAUAUCUCUCCUUUGUACAAAAGAACAGUUGAGUCUGCUUUUUUUGAAGAAUCCACAAGAAAAUGGAAUGUUAAGGUUAGAAAUGGAAAUUCUGGUGAUGUGGAGGAGUAUUUUAGCAAGUUUCUUGUGGUGGCAACUGGAGAAGCUAGUUACCCUUUUAUUCCUCAGGUCCCUGGUUUGGAAAAUUUUGCAGGAGAGGCCAUUCAUACUACUAAAUACAAAAAUGGAGAGAAAUUUAAGGGUAAACGUGUUUUGGUUGUUGGUUGUGGAAAUUCUGGCAUGGAAAUUGCACUUGAUCUUGCUAACCAUGGAGCAAAAACUUCCAUUAUCGUUCGAAGCCAGAUACACUUAAUAUCAAGAGAGAUGGCAUAUUUGGGGCUAGUGAUGUUAUUGAAGUAUAGCGUUCCAUACAAGCUGGUGGACUUAAUAAUGGUGAUGUUAAGCAAGGUAAAGUAUGGAGAAAUAAGCAAGUAUUAUGGGGUGAAAAGG